AUGAGUCGCCGAAACGACUCCGGGCUUCCUGCCAACCAGCCCAAUCUUCGAGUGACGAUUAUCGCCGCGGACGGUCUUUACAAACGCGAUGUAUUUCGCUUUCCCGACCCGUUCGCCGUCGCUACCAUCAGUGGCGAACAGACGCAGACAACCGCUGUUUCCAAGAGGACUCUCUGCCCCUAUUGGAACGAGAGCUUCGACUUCAAAGUAAACGAGGACAGCAUCUUGGCGGUUCAAGUCUUUGACCAAAAGAAGUUCAAGAAGAAGGACCAAGGCUUCCUGGGUGUUAUCAACAUUCGCAUUGGCGAUGUGAUCGAGCUUGCUCCGGACGCUGAUGACCAGAUGCUUACCAGAGAUCUGAAGAAGUCGACCGAUAAUCUCGUCGUCCAUGGCAAACUGAUAAUCAACUUAUCUACGAACCUGUCCAGCCCGCCAAGAGGGCAGGCGGCAAAUAACCGUCCCUCGCUGGCUAGCCCACACCCUUCCGCUGCAGGGUCGCUCAACCCCGAUCGCUCGUCCGAACGACCGACCUCGGCCAUGGGAACCCCCAGUGGCAGCGCAAACGGCAACCCGGCGAAUCUUCCGCAUCGACCCGCCAGUAUGACCGCGCCGUCCUCGUCGCAGCCAGCCCCGAAUGGUGCCGCCCAGCAACGUGGGAAUAGCACAUUGAGCCCGUUCGAGGAUGCACAAGGUCGUCUCCCACCUGGCUGGGAGCGCCGAGAAGACAAUCUGGGCCGUACUUACUACGUUGACCAUAACACGCGAACAACGAGUUGGAACAGACCCAGCGCCAGCGGGGCGGUUAACACGGCGAGACAAGAGGAGUCUACACAAGUCGAGCGACAGAGACAUCAGAACCGGACGCUGCCUGAAGAUAGAACAGGUUCUAGCUCCCCUACCCUGCAGGCUCAGCAGGCGGCGCAGAGUGCGAAUGCGCAGACAAUGAUGCACACUGGGGCCACGAGCCCCGGCACGGGCGAACUCCCUCCUGGGUGGGAGCAGCGUUUUACGCCCGAAGGGCGGCCCUACUUUGUUGACCACAACACCAGGACCACGACAUGGGUUGAUCCUAGGAGGCAGCAAUACAUUAGGAUGUAUGGCGGCCAAAACAACGCCAGUGGGACCAUUCAGCAGCAGCCCGUGUCUCAACUGGGUCCCCUUCCAAGCGGGUGGGAAAUGCGGCUUACGAACACUGCUCGGGUCUAUUUCGUCGAUCACAACACCAAAACGACGACUUGGGACGAUCCACGUUUGCCGUCUUCGUUGGAUCAAAAUGUGCCGCAGUACAAGCGCGACUUCCGGCGCAAACUCAUCUACUUCCGGUCCCAACCCGCCAUGCGAAUACUCUCCGGGCAAUGCCAUAUCAAGAUUCGCCGAUCACAUAUCUUCGAGGAUUCCUUCGCCGAAAUUUCGCGCCAGUCUGCUACUGACCUGAAGAAGCGACUUAUGAUCAAGUUUGAUGGCGAGGAUGGUCUUGACUAUGGCGGCCUGUCCCGAGAGUUCUUCUUCCUUCUCUCUCACGAGAUGUUCAAUCCCUUCUACUGCCUAUUCGAGUACUCGGCACACGACAAUUACACCCUUCAAAUCAACCCUCACUCAGGCAUCAACCCUGAGCAUCUUAAUUACUUCAAGUUCAUCGGCCGUGUGGUGGGCCUGGCCAUCUUCCACAGGCGUUUCCUCGAUGCAUUCUUCAUCGGCGCGUUAUACAAGAUGAUUCUCGGCAAGUCUGUGGUUUUGGCAGACAUGGAGGGCGUGGAUGCGGACUUCCACAGGUCUCUCCAGUGGAUGCUGGACAACGAUAUUUCUGGUGGCAUAUUGGAACAGACCUUUUCCACGGAAGACGAACGUUUCGGUGUCAUUACCGUCGAGGACCUUAUUCCAGGUGGCCGCGAUAUCGACGUCACCAAUGACAACAAGAAGGAGUAUGUUGAUUUGAUGGUCAAAUGGCGCAUUGAGAAACGUAUCGCGGAGCAAUUCCAGGCCUUCAGAGAGGGGUUCCAUGAGCUCAUCCCUCAAGACCUCAUCAAUGUCUUUGAUGAGCGUGAGCUCGAGCUGCUCAUUGGAGGUAUCGCUGAGAUCGACGUGGAUGAUUGGAAGAAGCAUACCGACUACCGUGGAUACACGGAAAGUGACGAGGUGAUUCAGUUCUUCUGGCAGACGGUGCGCAGCUGGGAUGGAGAGCAGAAGAGUCGACUCCUGCAGUUCACGACUGGCACAUCGAGGAUCCCAGUCAACGGUUUCAAGGACCUGCAAGGCAGCGAUGGUCCGCGUAGAUUUACUAUCGAGAAGGCAGGUGAGGUCAACAACCUGCCGAAGGCCCACACUUGUUUCAACCGCUUGGACUUGCCGCCAUACAAGUCUCUUGAGCAGUUACAGCAGAAACUCACCAUCGCGGUCGAAGAGACCAUGGGUUUCGGACAAGAAUAA